CAUUAUCUAAUCAGGAAUCCGAUGCAAUGGCCUUAAUGACCUUCUCUUCUUCCAGCUUCAACCUUGUGGCUCUCAAUUCGUCUUUCAAGUCUUCGAUAUUCCCUGUCAGCAACAAUGGCUGUAUGGGUCAGAUUCUUCUUCCAUUGAAACCAGCAAUUCACCAACAUCUCUUCAAAACCAGAGCCACCCUUGAUGAGAAGAAGGACCCAGUUCCAGUUCUUGUUGAAGAAGACCAAAUCAACAGAGAGGUUGAAGAGAGCAUUAGAGUACUCAAGAAUGCUGCGAAAACAAGAAAAGUUCCAAAGGAGGAGGUGCUGUCAGCUCUUUCUGUGAUGGAGAAGGCGAAACUUGAUCCUUCUGGGUUUCUUGAUACACUUGGUGGAUCAGAAUCCCCUGGCAGAACCUGGAUGCUUAUUUUCACUGCUGAGAAGCAAUUGAAGGGCGGACGCUACUUCCCUAUCACAGCAGUGCAGAGGUUUGAUGCUGCUGCAAAGAGGAUUGAGAAUGGAGUAUAUUUUGGACCCAUCGGAUGCUUAACAUUUGAAGGCAGAUUAGCAUGGAAUAAGCGAAUACUGGCUUUCAUUUUUGAGCGAAUCCGGAUCAAAUUCGGCCCUUUGGACCCCCUAGAGAUUGGUCUUGGCCAGAAGGAAGAUAGAGAACCAAGCACAAAGAAAGAUCCUUUCUUUAUCUGGUUUUACAUUGAUGAAGAAAUAGCAGUUGCGCGAGGAAGAAGCGGGGGAACUGCAUUCUGGUGCCGUUGUCACCAUAUCACAGCAUGAUUUUCAGACUUCUCGGCUACACACACAACAUGAUAUAGAUUUCAAGAGUGUUAAUGUUCAAUUUAUAUACUUGUGUAGACUUAUGCUUGAUCAUGUACAUUAGAAAAGAUUGUGAAUUGAGAUUGCUGGAUACUCUUAUUAACUGAAGUUCUGUUCUAUCCAACCCAGGUUUGUUGGUUGAA